AUGGGUAUUAACAUAAGAAGGGCUACUAUAGAGGAUGUCCAGGCGAUGCAAAAUGCUAACUUGCUCAACUUGCCCGAGAACUACCAGUUAAAAUACUAUAUGUACCAUAUCUUAUCCUGGCCCCAAGCAAGCUUUGUGGCUACCACUUACGACCCUAUUGAGAAUGACGAGGAUGGUGAGAGCAGCGAGGUCCUUGCAGAAGAAGCUAACCAGAUCCAUUCUUCCUCUGCAGACCCGAAAGGAGACACUUCUUACAUCAGAAAAGGAGAGAAGAUCGUUGGAUACGUCUUGGGAAAGAUGGAAGACGACCCGGAAGCCGAGGACAAGACUCCACACGGACACAUUACGUCGUUGGCAGUCAUGAGAACAUACCGAAGGAUGGGCUUGGCUGAGAAAUUGAUGCGCCAAUCUUUGUAUGCCAUGUGUGAGGUUUUCAAGGCGCAAUAUGUCUCUUUGCACGUCAGAAAGUCCAACAGAGCAGCAUUACAUUUGUACAGGGAUUCCCUACUGUUUGAAAUGACCAACAUAGAAAAAUCAUACUACCAGGACGGUGAAGAUGCAUAUGCUAUGAGGAAGGACUUGAAGAUAGAGGAGAUGCUUCCGUACCAUGGCCAUGAGGAACAGGACGACUUUACACAAGAUCUUAUAUAA